CGGUAUAUCUUCAAAUAUUUUAGCUUUCAUUAUGCCCUGUAGAAGAGAUUGUAUGAAGCGAGGAACAAGUGCUUUGACCAGGAGUCACUAUCAUUGUCCCUCCUGUGAAAAAAUAUUUGGACGGAGAAAUUCUAUGAUUGACCACAGGAGGCUUACUAAGAAUUGUUUGGGUGUGAUUGAAAGUGAAGAAGUCAGGGAUAUGGACAUAGAUUCUAAAAACAAAAGUUCAGAAAGUCUAUGUGAAGGUACUUUCAACUUUCAAUGCAUACCUUGUGACAAGCGCUUUAGGCAUCAGUCGUCAUUGAGGCGACAUGCUCAACUUAAACACAAUGCAACUCAGCUUUUACCGAGCGUAUGUGUUGACACAUUCAAUGGAAUCUAUAUGGUUGCUCAAAGUGAUUCUGGCCCACUUGCUCCAAUUCAUGUUCAAAAGCACACAUUGAAACAAAAAAUUAUGUGCACUGAUGACGACUGUAUUUCAAUUAUCAAAGCCAUUUCAACAGUCAAUCCAGGAAUCCAAUGUCGACAUUUGGACUCUAUCUCUGAAUCUUCAAUUUUAACGACAAACAAACUGCAACUGUCAUCGCUAAACCGACUAAGGGAAUUUAAUAUAUUGAAUGAUUCGUCGGUUCAAUGGUGCAAAAAUAUGAAGGAAAUCAGUGAAAAGGAUUGCUGCACUCUGUAG